UGUCUAUCCAAGCGCGGCGGUUGCUGACUCUGCCUCUGCUCUUUCCUCCGCCCAGCACCAGUCUCCCACUCUCGCCCGACUCUCCACCAUGCGCAGCCUACGGGGCCUCCUCGCCGUCUCCGGCCACCUCGCCGCCCGCCACGCGCCGCCGAGCGGCGCCUCCUCGUCUCCCCACAGCGUCCUCUUCGCCCGUGCCCUCCAGAUCCUCUCCCAGUCGGAGCCCGUCCGCCUCCACAAGCUCUCGGCGCCCGACUCCGGGAUCGUGGAGCUGAGGCUGGAGCGGCCGGAGGCCAGGAACGCCAUCGGGAAGGAGAUGCUCAAGGGGCUGCGGAGCGCCAUGGACAAGGUGAAGGCCGACUCGACGGCCAACGUUGUACUGGUAGCGAGCUCCGUGCCCAAGGUCUUCUGCGCGGGCGCUGACCUCAAGGAAAGGAGGUUAAUGGGCCCUUCUGAAGUCCGGGAAUUUGUUAAUACCUUGAGAGCUACAUUCUCAUCCUUUGAGGCACUCCCUAUUCCUACAAUAGCUGUUGUUGAAGGAGCUGCCUUUGGCGGUGGGCUAGAGUUGGCUCUUUCAUGUGAUCUUCGUAUAUGUGGGGAGAGUGCAACAUUCAGCUUGCCAGAAACCGGCCUUGCUAUUAUUCCUGGAGCUGGAGGGACACAGCGUCUUCCAAGGAUUGUUGGAAGGGCCAGAGCAAAGGAAUUGAUAUUCACUGGCCGUAGAUUUGAUGCGACAGAAGCUGUAAAUAUGGGGGUAGUGAACUACUGCGUUCCUGGUGGCGAGGCUUAUCAAAAGGCUCUUGAACUUGCCCGGGAGAUAAAUCAGAAAGGUCCGUUAGCGAUAAGGAUGGCCAAGAAGGCCAUCAACGAAGGGGUGGAGGUAGACCUGUCCUCUGCGUUGGCUGUCGAAGAAGAGUGCUACGAGCAAGUUCUGCACACUCAGGAUCGCCUUGAAGGUCUAGCUGCAUUUGCAGAGAAAAGAAGACCUUUGUACACAGGAAAGUGAGGCCGUACUGAAGUCAGCCCUGUUAGCCUCUUAUGUCUUAUCUGCUGAUACCCUGAAGAAUGUGUCCUUGUUCCAAAAAAAAAAAAAACCUGAAGAAUGUGUCUGGGUUGCUAGAUUAUUUGCAGAUGUAUGUGCUACAUCUUCUGAUUGUCAUGAUCGCCUAAAACUGAAUGAACCGCACCCAUGUAACUGUAAGGUAGGAAAGCUGCAUCUGGAGAUGCUGCGGUUUGGUUUCGUCAUUGCAUUUUUCUUGGAUAAUCCAGGCUUGGGUAGA